AUGUAGAAAAUAUUACCCUAUGCAUUUCAUGGAUUAGAUUAUUUGUAUGAGCCUUAAUUGGCUAGAUUUUAUAAUCUAAUCCCAGCAUUUUAUACUACAAAACUUGGAGAAGGAUUCUUGAAUCAAACAACUUAAGUUUAUACAUCGUUAUUGUAAUCUAUUGCAGAAUAAGAUAAAGAAUAUUUGAAAUAAAUUCUAGAGCCUAAAUUAUACAAUGCUACAACAUAAUGCAUGGAUAUGUUAGAGGAAAAACAAUUAAAAUUAUAAUAUAUCGAAUAAGAAUAAUAAGAAAAUGAUGAUAAGUAAGAAGAAGAUGAUGAAGAAGCUGCAGCAUAAAAACCAUAAUAAUAGUUUGGUUUCUUUUCAAAAAAAAUUAAAAAAAAUUAGUAAUUAUUUUGUAAUGUAUAAAAGUGGUAAUAAUGAGACAUAUCAUAUUUAUCAAGAAAAAGAUUAUAAAUGUAAUAUUGAUGUGAGAGGAGUCUUUGGUGUAAAGAUUAACAGAACUGAAAAUUAAAAUACUCGAUUUUUUUAAAUCCCUGCUUUCCCUAUUACACCAAGGUAUUUAUAGAUAUUAAAAAGGAAUUAUUUUUUAAAUCUAAAAAAUCCUUUCAGUUUAUAUGAAAACUAAAUCUUAGUUGCCAAUAUUCUAAUUUAUACAAGCAAAAAAUUAAUCGCUGUGGAUUCAGAAGGAAAAGUAGUUCAUGGAAAUUAUGAUAAUAAUUAAUUUUAAUAUCAUAAAUUAAGAUUAGAAUCUUAUGUUCCAAAUUUCAAUUGGGUAAUUACUGAUAUUGAUGAUUAUCUUAAAGGAAAUCCUUAUUUUUGA